UUCUGAAGAGAUACUACAUCUAUCAUUACCCAGACCACAACUCCUUAGAUUAUGUGGGUCAACAGGAGACCUUCGCACCCCACACCUCACACUUCGUACAUCACACCCCACACACCAAUUUCCCCACCGCCCUACCCCCUACCCUCACACCAAACACACCAACAUCUCACACUCCUGUCCAACACACCUACCCCAACACCUCACACUUCGUAACCCACCCCCCACAAACCACUUCCACCCCUACCACCCCAUACCACCACACCAACACACACAAAUACCUCACACGCGGUCCACCGCACCCCACACCGUCACACUUUCGACAUCACACCCCACACACCACUCGUCACACACACCCCCUACCGACCCACACACCAACAAACACACAAGGCACAUACCUCACACUCGGUCCACCCACCCCACAACCUCAACUUCGUACAUCACGCCCCCCACACACUAAUUCCCACCCCUACCCCCUACCCUCACACCAAACACACAACAUCUUCACACUUCGUCCACCACACCCCACACAACCACUUCCCACCCCAACGACCAUCAUAUACACCCCACACACCACACCUGACAUUCCGUACACCCACCCCUCACACAUCACACCCCCCAUGUUUAUUGAAGAGUGGAAAAUAUAA